GCGGCAGCCAAUGGGGCGAGGCGUGCGGCGGGCGGGCGGCGAUAUCCGCGGCGCGGCGGCGGCGGCCGGGCAGUGCGGCGGCGGGCGGCGCGCAGCGCGGAGCGGCGGGAGCGCUUGCGGCGCCGGGACCCUCUGUGCGCGGCGCUGCUUGAGAGGCGGGGGCGAGGGGCCGCUGCCUGCCGGCCAUGUCGGGCCGGGGGAAGUCCGGCGGAAAGGCGCGGGCCAAGGCCAAGUCGCGCUCGUCGCGGGCCGGGCUGCAGUUCCCCGUGGGGCGGGUGCACCGGCUGCUGCGGAAGGGUAACUACGCGGAGCGGGUGGGCGCCGGGGCGCCGGUGUACCUGGCGGCCGUGCUGGAGUACCUGUCGGCCGAGAUCCUGGAGCUGGCGGGCAACGCGGCCCGCGACAACAAGAAGACGCGCAUCAUCCCGCGGCACCUGCAGCUCGCCAUCCGCAACGACGAGGAGCUCAACAAGCUGCUGGGCGGCGUGACCAUCGCCCAGGGCGGCGUCCUGCCCAACAUCCAGGCCGUGCUGCUGCCCAAGAAGACGCAGAGCUCCAAGAAGUGAGCGCUGCCCCCCGUCCCCCCGCCCCCAGCUCCCUUCUCGCCGCUGCCUCACCUCUCCUCCCGGCGGGGCUGGGGUUCCCGUCCUGCCCCUCAGCCCUGGCCGGGUGGUGAGCCCUAGCAGCCCCCACCAGCCCUUCACCAGCCCCUCUGGCCUGGGCUGUGGCAGCGUGCGGGGUGAGCAUGGGUGAGGUCAGGCCCUGCUUGUGCCCCCGCUCUGCCUCUCUUCCCUCUGGAAGAAGCGGUUUUGGAGGAGGCAGCUGGAUCGCAGUUGUUGGCAGGGGUGACAUCUGGAGCCGUGUGGUUAGGUCACGGUGCGGAGCUGC